CUCAUCCUCCUCUUGCCACCACUGACACCUUCUAGCUUUGCUCAGUUCUGCCGCUAGUGGAAGAGAGCCAUGGAUCUGGGAGCCUCAGAAAAUGAUUCCGUUGUCACGGAGUUUGUCCUGUUGGGUCUAACAGAGACUCCCUCUCUACAUCCCAUCCUCUUUGUCAUCUUCCUUCUUGCUUAUGUAGCUACUGUGGCUGGCAAUUUCAGCAUCCUGGCUGCCAUCUUUGCUGAGCCCAAACUCCACACCCCCAUGUACUUCUUCCUGGGGAACUUGUCCCUGCUGGAUGUCGGGUGCAUCAGUGUCACUGUCCCUGCCAUGCUGAGGCAUUUCAUGUCCAAUAACAGAAGCAUUCCCUAUAUAUCCUGCCUCUCACAGCUCUUCUUCUUCCACCUCCUGGCUGGGGUGGACUGCUUCCUGCUGACCGUCAUGGCCUAUGACCGCUAUCUGGCCAUCUGCCAGCCCCUCACCUAUAGCACCCGCAUGAGCUGGGGAAUCCAGCAAGCCCUGGCGGGCAUGUCCUGUGUCUUCUCUUUCACCAAUGCACUGACCCAAACUGUUGCCUUAUCGACUCUUAACUUCUGUGGCCCCAAUGUGAUCAAUCACUUCUACUGUGACCUCCCACAGCUCUUCCAGCUCUCCUGCUCCAGCACGCAGCUCAAUGAGCUGCUGCUCUUUGUAGCAGCAGCCUUCAUGGGUGUGGCCCCCUUGGUCCUCAUCACUGUGUCCUAUGGGCACGUGGCAGCUGCAGUCCUGCGGAUCCGCUCUGCAGAAGGCAGGAAGAAAGCCUUCUCCACGUGUGGCUCCCACCUCACUGUGGUGGGCAUCUUCUAUGGCACAGGUGUCUUCAGCUACAUGAGGCUGGGCUCAGUGGAGGCUUCAGACAAGGACAAGGGGAUUGGCAUCCUCAACACUGUCAUCAGCCCCAUGCUGAACCCACUCAUCUACAGCCUCCGGAACCCUGAUGUGCAGGGCGCCCUGCGGCGGGUUCUCAUGGGGAGACAGCCCCCCAAGUGAGAUCCCUCCCUCUAGCCUUAAAGAAUGUCAUGGCUCUGCUUACUGCUUCCAAGAGGUAUUGUGAUUAGUAUAAGUGAAAUGUGGAUACUAUGAAAUCGGAUCAGGGACUGGGUUAGGAAGGAAAGUGCAAUAAAAAGGAUAAUUGCUCUUACUGAUGUCAGGAUUACCAUGUGCCGGGUCACUCUUCUGAGUGACUGACAUCCAUUAACUCCUUUAAUCCUCAGAACAACCCUAUGAGAUAGACACAGAUUUACAAAAUACAGAUUAGGAAACUCAACCUAAGAGAGGUGAAGUAACUUCCCAAAGUCACACAGCAAGUGAAUGUCAGAGCUGGGAGCUGAACCUAGGUAGGCUACGUCUUGAACUACUGCCUCUCAAAGGUAAUAAAUCAUUUCAAUGAGGAAGGGUAUCUGCAAGUUGUGUUGGACAGAUGGGCAAUAAAGGGGAAAAAAAGAAAAGGGAGA